AUGCCUCAGCUGUGUAAAGCACAUUGUGUCUACCUGGACAAGCAAGAAGUGCUGCUGGAGCUGACCGUCCCAUGGGAAGACCGCCUGGAAGAAGCCUUUGAGAGGAAGCUAUCCAAGGAUAGCUUUCCUUCGAAGAACGAGGGCCUCCAGCAAAGCAUGGUGACAGGGAGGAAGGCCAGAUACCGCGGAGGAGACCCAGACCUCCAGGUGAAAGUCUCCUUUCCUUACCCUACCAAGGCAAAGCUGGAGUGUCACAGCAUGUGUGGUCUAGCUGGUGACCCUCACUACAUCUGGUUCAGGAAUGGACAGUAUGUACUACAGGGAAUGAACUACUGGAUCUACAUUCAGUCUGGAUACAGCUAUUCAUGUGCUGUUGAAGGAUAUGAACAUCAACACUCUCCUUUAGUGUAUGCUCCAAAGACCCCCUCAGUGACCGUGAGUCCCUCUGGUGAAAUAGAGGAGGGCAGUUCAGUGACUCUGAGCUGCAGCAGUGAUGCCAACCCAGCAGCUAACUACACCUGGUUCAAGGUUAAUAGAGAUGGUUCCUCCAGGUUCAUGAACCAGGGACAACAGCUCAUCUUUAGGUGGAUCCUAUCUUCCGACUCUGGACGAUAUCGCUGUGACACUCAGAAUAAGCUAGGGGAUAAAUGUUUUUUCAUCUCUAUUAACGUAAAAUAUGGGCCUAAACACAUAUCUGUGUUAUCAAGUCCCUCUGGUGAAAUAGAGGAGGGCAGUUCAGUGACUCUGAGCUGCAGCAGUGAUGCCAACCCAGCAGCUGAGUACACCUGGUUCAAGAACAACCAAUCUCUGCUCUGGGAACCAAGUCAACCUCAUACCUUCCCCUCAGUCCGCCCUGAAGACAGAGGAACGUACCGCUGUCAAGCAGAGAACAAAUAUGGACUACUUCGCUCGAACUUGCUAUUCAUGGAUGUCAAGUGUGAGUUGAAUAUCGGACUAAUAUGUUAACAUCUUUUCUAUAUCUUGUCUUUAAAAUGCAGAGCUGGUAUUAAUGUAUUACUGCUUGCCUGUAAACAACUAUGAAUCACUUAUUAUACUUGUACACACUGGUGGUGGUUAGUGAGGUCCCCCUUCACUGUAUAGCAUCUUU